GCACAGCCGUGACACAAACGCUCCCGAAGCCCGAGCGGUACAACCUGGCAUUAUCUGGGUCCACUCAGAGCGACUCGUGGGGUUUUUCCUCGCACCUCCAGGAAGGGCGCUACUAGGUGCGAGUGGCGCCCAGCUAACGCGUUCGCCCCCCUGGACUGAGCGCGUGCGCGUUUGCCGGCGUCCGGCUGAGAGAGCGCGACUGGAGCCCGGGGCGCGCGGCGAAGGCGCUGAAGCCUCCGCGUCGCGUGUCCCGUGCUCUUAGGAUUAUAACAAACUUGCCAUAAUUCAGCUGCUGAAAAUCAAGAUGGCAUCUAACUUGAGGCCAGCUCCGUAUUAUGAAAACUAUGCCUACCGGUCAGAAAAUGUUGCUCCUCCAAGAUUUACCAGCGACUAUAAUGUGUAUCUACCUCACGCACCUCCAUAUUACCCUUCAUCGGUGCCUCAUUAUGUUCCAAGGGUUUCUACUCAACAGUCAGUUCCAGUGCCAGCAGUGCAGGCAAAAUCUUCAGCAAAAUGUACACCAAGAACCAAAAAGGCAUUGUGUCUCCUUCUAUCAAUUGCAAUGCUACUAAUAGGAGCUGGAAUUUGUGUUUUUCUCAUCUGGUAUUUUGUGACAGAUAGUUGUUCUGGCUCCGAGAUACAGUGUGGUACAACAAGAGUGUGUGUAACACCAUCUCAGUGGUGUGAUAGAAAACAAGACUGCCCUAAUGGUGAAGAUGAAACCCGUUGUGUUAGACUUUAUGGACCUGAAAAUCUCUUGGAAGUCUAUUCAUCUGAAAACAAAGAUUGGUACUCUAUAUGCUAUGAUGAUUGGAAUGAUAAAUAUGGAGAGACUGCUUGUGAAGACUUGGGAUAUAACUCGAACACCUAUUUCAACAGCAAGGCAAUCCCAGUUACCACUGGAUCUGCAAACAUUUUGAGGAUCAAUACUAGUGCUGGGGACAUAGACCUGUAUAAGAAAUUGUAUAACAGCAACUGGUGUCCGUCACAGCAAGUAGUAACUCUACGAUGCAUAAGGUGUGGCACUUCAAAUAGACCUAUGAGUCCCCGAAAUCGAAUUGUGGGUGGAAGUGAUGCACUGCUUGGAGAAUGGCCGUGGCAAGUCAGCCUUCAUUUCAGGGGGACUCAUUUCUGUGGAGGGUCUAUUAUCACCCCUGAAUGGAUAGUUACAGCAGCUCAUUGUGUAGAAGGGACACGUUCUCAUCCAUUCUACUGGACGGUUUAUGCUGGGAUUCUGAGACAGUCAGAAAUGAUUCCUUCAAAGGGAUUUAGAGUAGCCAGAAUAAUUUCUCAUCCCAACUAUGAUUUAACUUCCAAAAAUAAUGAUGUUGCUCUUAUGAAGCUACAAUCUCCUCUAAGUUUUAAUGAAUUUAUAGGACCUGUUUGUUUGCCCAAUGCUGGAAUGAUGUUUGAAACUGACCAACGGUGUUGGAUAUCUGGAUGGGGAGCCAAAUACCAAGGAGGUAACACUUCAAAAGAACUGAAUGCAGCAGUUGUACCUCUGAUAAACUCAUCUAUAUGUAAUGGAAGAUAUAUCUAUAAUGGAAUCGUUUUGCCUACCAUGAUAUGUGCUGGCUACUUACAAGGAAAAGUGGAUUCUUGUCAGGGUGAUAGUGGUGGUCCAUUGGUAACCAUGAAAAGUCUUUUGUGGUGGCUAGUGGGUGACACAAGUUGGGGAACAGGCUGUGCUACUCAAUUUAAACCUGGAGUUUAUGGUAACAUUACUGUGUUCAUAGAAUGGAUUUACCGAAAUAUGCAGGCAAACAGAUGAUAUUGCUUCCUUUGAAUCACUUCAAUCAAGAGUGGAUCAAAUCCUUUUGUUGCUUGUAAAUCCUUGGUUUUGCUUUUAAAAAUGACUUUUGGGUCCUCAACACUUCAAUGCAGAUUGUAAUUGGAAUGUUUGCAAACUGGUUCCAUUUGCACUGACCAGCUUCAUAUCAAGCAGUUGAAGUUACACAAGAGCCUGUUUUCUUGAAUCUGGUGUUAACAGUCAGGUGGCAAACACAUUUUUACCAGCUACUUGCUGGUUUCCUUUAUUUCUGAAGAUUCCCUACUAGUUGGCUUUCAUUUUUAAGUUAAAAAUCAUGUUUGUAAACUACCAAUUCUGUUUUUGCUUUUGAAAUCAAAUGCAGCAUCUCAAUGUUUUAUAAGUGAUAUUUAAUAUUUAGGGUAUUAAUGUUGAAUAUCUCUGGGCUGCUGGAUGGCCCAGUUUUUUAAACCAAGAAAGAACCACAUGAACGUUUUGAUACAGAUGUGAAAGAUGUUUCUUCUGAUUGUUAUUAUGCAUCUCUUUUAUUCAGGUAUUUAUUACUUUUAUUUUCCUAUAGGUGAUAAUGAUUCUGAAACUAUACAAUUUGAAUAGAAAUUACAUAUCUCCCCAAAUAUGUGGAUAGAUUCAAGAUCAGUUUGGUAUAGAAAAUAGAAAUAUCUUGGACUUCCAGGUGCAUAUCAUUGAUGCAGAAUGAACAAAAUAAGUAUUCUAAAAUGUUUUAGUAAUACUCCUUCUGGUCUGGCAGCUGGACAUGUGCUAGAUAGGUCCUCAGCUGUUGAAUCUGAAAGCAAUAAGUAAAAAUUUUGCCUCUUUUCUAAGAAGAAUAGAACGUUAUUUUGUGAAGCAUUACAUACUGAUUUGAAUUUGUCAGUUCCAGAUCUUUGGAACAGGGAAAAAAGGAAAACUUAACUGAGGAAAAUAAAAAUAAUGAUCUAAUUAUAACUACCUCAUUUUGUAAAACAGUGACAAAAUUGGGAUGUGUUAGGAAAAUGUUUUGGUCUGGUUUUUUUUCUAAAAAAAAAAUCCUAUUUUUGGUUUUAAUAAUGAGGGCAGAAGCAAAGAUUUAAAAUGUUAAAAAUUGAAUAGUAUAAUCAAUCAUUGGCAUGUUAGGAAGAUGCCAGGUUAGGAAAGGCUGCUAUUGCAGCAGUAAAAUCUUAAUUCUAUAAGUCCUAUGAUUUGGACAUAACGAAUUAUGCUGCUAUUGAAAUGCACUUUUAAAAAUACUGUAUAUCUUUUGGUGGGAAAAUUCCAAUUCAAGUUGUGGAAGUGCAAUACUUUAUACAGUGAAGUGCCAUUGAAAUGAUUACUGAGAACAUUAAAUGUAUUGCAAUAUAAUGAAAUCAAUAUAAAUCAUGCAUAAUUGUUAAUCACUGCAAUUUCAGUUAGUCAAUAUCUGAGUUUUUUAAGCUUCAAGAAUGAAACACACCAUUCCUCGUCUAGUAUGCAAAGAACUUGAAAAAUAAACAUUUUAUAAAUGCAA